AACACCACUAGUUUUUUCCUAAGUAUUCUUUGGGUUUGGAUGAGUUUUGUCCUCUGUUUGUAGGUCGCAUCUAUUCUCUUCCCUUUUACCAUCUUUUUUUCGCCCUUCGCAUACUCGUUAAAUUAGUCCACUCCCUUUACAUCAACAAUUUCUGCAAUUCUAAGGAUCUGCAAUGGCUCUUCAGAUUGCGAAAAGACUCCUUCGAUGCCGCGCUGAUUCAGUUGCAUCCUCUGUUAGGUUUUUCGAUCGGACCUUCACUUCCGAAUCCAAUUCCAACUUGAUCCGCGCUACUCUUUUCCCCGGCGAUGGUAUUGGACCUGAAAUCGCCGAGUCCGUCAGGCAGAUAUUCAAGGUUGCUGAGGUACCAAUUGAAUGGGAAGAACACUAUGUGGGGACGGAGAUAGACCCUAGAACCAACAGCUUUCUAACAUGGGAAAGUCUUGAAUCAGUGAGGAGGAAUAAGGUUGGUCUGAAAGGGCCAAUGGCCACUCCUAUUGGAAAAGGUCAUCGUUCCUUGAACCUUACAUUGAGGAAGGAGUUAAAUCUAUAUGCCAAUGUCAGACCUUGCUACAGCCUACCUGGAUAUAAGACUCGCUAUGAUGAUGUGAAUCUCAUCACUAUUAGAGAGAACACUGAAGGAGAGUACAGUGGUCUUGAACAUCAAGUAGUAAGAGGUGUGGUUGAAAGUCUCAAGAUCAUUACCCGUCAAGCAAGUUUAAGGGUUGCAGAGUAUGCAUUUCACUAUGCCAAGACCCAUGGAAGAGAGAGAGUGUCUGCAAUUCACAAAGCCAACAUCAUGCAAAAGACAGACGGUCUUUUUCUUAAGUGUUGCCGAGAGGUCGCGGAAAAGUACCCUGAGAUAAAGUAUGAGGAAGUUGUCAUUGACAAUUGCUGUAUGAUGCUUGUGAAAAAUCCAGCACUUUUUGAUGUUCUGGUGAUGCCUAACCUUUAUGGUGACAUAAUCAGUGAUCUUUGUGCUGGUUUGAUAGGUGGUUUGGGCUUAACUCCAAGUUGCAAUAUUGGCGAGGGAGGUAUUGCCCUUGCUGAGGCUGUGCAUGGUUCAGCACCUGAUAUUGCUGGAAAGAAUUUGGCGAAUCCAACUGCUUUGCUUUUGAGUUCUGUGUCUAUGCUUCGUCAUCUAGAGCUUCAUGAUAAAGCUGAACGCAUCCAAGAUGCCAUCCUAAAAACAAUUGCAGAGGGAAAGUACCGAACUGGCGACCUUGGAGGCACUGCUACAACGACUGAGUUCACAAAUGCCAUCUGCGAUCAUCUUUGAACAUGUGUAUAUAUAUAGUCAAUUUUGAUAGUUGGAGUGACCUUGGAGCCGAGGCGAACCCAGGAUUUGAAGACUUGGGGGUGAACCAAUAAACUUAAAAUAAAAACAAUGAAAAUAUUGGGAUCUCUAGCUGGAUUUGAACCCUGAUCUCAUGGGUGGUACUUCUAGCUUGUACCAACGGCACAAGAGCACUCAUGAGUGCAUUGUUAAUUAUAUUCUAGUUUUUGAC